AGGGCACGGGAGGACACUCACUCCCACACGAGCAGCUUUCUGGGAAUUAGGGCCACGGCCCAACUGCUCUGCCAGCCGCCCGCUCCCCUAAAACCCCCCGAAACCGGCCUGGGGGGCACAAAAACCCCGCAGGAGCUGGCCCCCGAGCGGCUCCCCGCAGCCCCGGCCGGCCCUAAUCUGCUGCGUCCCCGGGGAGGAGUACACGGCCUCCCCCCGCCUCCCCUGCGUCCCCCAGCAGCUGAAGAGCCUCCUGAUGGUGGUGGUGGCCGUGGUCUUCCUGGUGGUGCUGGUGGGGGCCUUCCUCCUGCUGGGGCUGCACCUCACCGAGACGCACGCCGAGACGGUUUUGAGGAUGAGCAUCGAGGGGCUGGGCGCCCAAGGGCCCCCCCAGCACCUCUCCAUGAGCAGGAAGGAAAGGAUCGGGACGUUCGCCGUGGCCGAGGGGCGCAAUUCCUCCGCGCUGCUGGUGUACGACUACGGCAAGCUGCUGGUCAGCUACAGGUCCUGGCUGCACCGCGUGUGCUUCAUCACCCGCGUGGAUGAGGACAACCUCCCCGGGCUGGACGCCGUCACCGAGGUUUUCCAGCGGCGCCAGGGCGAGGGGAAGGCUGGUGCUGAGCCCCUGGCUGACCGCUCCAUCCUGGGCACCACCGCCAACGUCCUCUGCAGCUCCGUGCCCAUUUACUGGACCUAGCAGGGGCUGGGGAUGAGGAGGGGGCGUCCCUGCCAUCCCCGUGCCCCCUGUGGUGCCCCUCUGGGCUCCUUCCUCCUCCUCAUCAUCAUCCUCAUCAUCCUCAUCAUCGUCGGCUUCAUCACCGGCCUCGGCACCGCGUGGUGCUUGCAAUAAAUGAUUGGGGUUCGCUGCGGGAUGUGCGCUGCUGUCGGCAAAGUAAAGCUGGGCGCUGCCUCCA